UCUCUCUCUCUCUCUCUCUCUCUCUCUCUCUCCAGCCAUGGUGAGGAAGAAGAACCCCCCGUUGAGGAGUGUGGGAGGAGAGGAGGAGAGCCUGGGUGGAGGAGGAGGCGGCGAGGAGGAGGAGGAGGGCGAGGCGCUGGCGGCCGAGGCCACGGGGCCGGAGGGGGAGGAGCUCGGGGACGGGAGCCGGGCGGGGAAGCGCCGGCGGACGUCCGAGCGUGGCCACGCCCACCUCCCUGCCCCGGAGCCCGACGACCCGCCCCGCCACGCGCUCCCGCGCCGAGGGGGGGGAGGCGGGAGGGGCGUGGUGGCGACGGGCGCGGUCAACAGGGCGGGCUCCGACUACCACGGCAACCACAGGACAGGAGGCGGCGCUCUGGGCGACGUGACGGACUGCGAGCGCUCCCCUCCUCCCCCCGGGUCAGAACCAGAGGAGGCCGGCCCGGGGGGAGGAGGGGGGGUCAUCGUGCUCCAGGGUUGCCCCAGCAACGGGGAGGAGAGGGGUAGGAGUCCCGGAGGGGAGGCAGAGCUGGGGGAGGGGCUAGCCCCGCUCCACCCCCUCCACCCUCACCGGACCAAUCAGGAGACGGUCAGCCCCACGGGGGCGGAGCUGGGCUCGGCCACGCCCCCGUCCCCCAAGCUCCAGGACUUUAAGUGCAACGUCUGCGGCUACGGUUACUACGGCAACGACCCCGCCGACCUCAUCAAGCACUUCCGGAAGUACCACCUGGGUCUCCACAACCGCACGCGUCAGGACGCCACGCUGGACUCUCGGAUCCUGGCCAUGCAUAACAUGGCCGCCCUCUCGCCCCCCCCCUCCCUGCUGGGGGGCUGGGGAGACCGCCCCCCCACCGCCCCCCCCAGCGCCACCCAGCCCGACAUCGGGGCCUCGCGGCCGGCGCUGCUCAACGGGACGUAUGAUGUGCAGGUGAUGCUGGGAGGAACUCUGAUAGGCAUCGGUCGUAAGACUCCCGACUGCCAAGGAAACACCAAGUACUUCCGCUGCAAGUUCUGCAACUUCACCUACAUGGCCAGCUCCCCCCACGACCUGGAGCAGCACUUCCUCUCCUCACACCCCAACAAGAUGAAGACCAUGCCCCCUCCAGCCUCAAGCCACGCCCCCGGCGACAAGCCCUCCAACGAGAGCCGCAAGGGGAACUGCGUCCUGCGAGGAGGCGUGGCCUCCGAAGGGCCGGAGUCUGGGAAGCUGGCCGCCCGCGUGGCGGUGAGGGCGGACGACGAUUCGCUGGCCGGGUAUUCCGUCCCCAUCCGCUCCUCCUCCGCUGCUGAUUCGCCGGGCUGGGAGGGCGGGACGGAGCCCGGAGCGGCGGCGGCGUAUUACUGGUGCAAAUACUGCAGCUUCAGCUGCGAGGCGAGCGGACCGCAGCGCCUGCUGGAUCACCACGAGCAGAGACACUCCCAGACCAGCGGGGGCGCCGUGGGGGCGGAGGGCGCAGACCCGCGAGACCCGAGAAGCAGAGAGACGGAGCGCGACGCGGAGAGAGACCCGCCCGGCAGCAACGAGGGACGCAGGAAAGACAAGGGAGGAGGAGGGGGAGGCGAGACGGCCGAGACGGUCGUCACCAGCUACAACUGCCAGUUCUGCGACUUCCGCUACUCCAUGACUCACCGCUCCGAGGUGAUCGUGGUGGCGCCGCUGCUGCGCCACUACCAGAAGGCCCACGCCAUCCACCGGUGCACCAUCAAGCACUGCCCCUUCUGCCCCAGGGGCCUCUGCUCCCCCGACAGCCACCUGGGGGAGAUCUCCUACCCCUUCGCCUGCCGCAAGCUCUCCUGCCCCCCCUGCUCCCUCCUCCUGCCCCCCGGGGCCCCCCCGGCGCCUCCCUCCCCUCCCAGUGCUGUCAGGCACCUGUGCGACCUUUGCCCCUUUGUGACGUCCGACAUCGACAUCCUCCUGGCGCACUACGACGCCAGCCACGCCCAGCUCCCGGGCGGCGCCCCGGACGUCAAACCCGAGGCGGGGGAGGCGAGGGGGGAGAACGCCUGCACCAAGUGCCACUUCAUCACGGAUGUGGAGGAGGAGAUCUUCAGACACUACAGGCGUGUCCACGGGUGUUAUCGAUGUCGCCGUUGCACCUUCACCGCCCCGGACAGCGCCGCCCUGCUGGAGCACUUCAACUCCGCCCACUGCCGAGACUCCGCCCCCAGCCCCGCCUCCCUGGCGGCCCCCACCAAUGGCUGCUCGGCGCCCUCCACGCUGAGCAUCAAGGAGGAGAGCAAGGGCGACCUGCGCCUCUGCAGCCCGCUGCCCCCCGAGAGGGCGGCGGAGGGCGGGGGAGGGGAGGGCCUGGGCGCGGUGAAGAGCGAGGCCCUGGACGAGAAGGAGGUCCUGAGAGGCGGGGGCUGGCUGCUGGAGGCCAGGGGGGGCGGAGGAGCGAGGGGGGACAAGGGGGGAGAAGGCGACCAGGUGCACAGCCUCCUGUGGCUGCCCAAGUUGGGGGCGGGGCUCGGGGCGGGGAGGGGCUCCGGGUCGGGGGAGGGGCUCCGCGGAAGCCCCACCCUCUUCCCCCAGGGUGCACUUGGCCUGCUCAACGCCGUGGCAGCCAAUACGGAGCCAGCGCAGCAGAGGAAGGGUGUGGCCAGUGUGUCGGGGGCGGGACUUGCGUUCGGGCUGGCGUGUGAUUCCAAGGCGUUCCUCCAGGGGGUGCCAGAGAAGACGAGCCAGCAGAACCAGACCUACUCUGCAGAGAGCAAGACCACCAAGGAGGAGUCCCAGUCACUGCUACGGCGUCGGAGGGGUUCCGGAGUGUUCUGUGCUAACUGUCUGACCACCAAGACGUCCCUGUGGAGGAAGAACGCCAGCGGGGGUUACGUCUGCAACGCCUGCGGACUCUACCAGAAGCUGCACUCGACCCCCAGACCUCUCAACAUCAUCAAGCAGAACAACGGGGAGCAGAUCAUCCGGCGUCGGACCAGGAAGCGCCUCAACCCGGACCCCGCCCCCUCCGACCCCGCGGCGUCCAAGCAGCAGCGCGUGAGUGGCGAGGAGCGCGUCAACGGGAGUCCCCUGGACCGCCGCCCCGCCUCCGACGAGCCCAGCUCCGAUGGCUCCGUCCCCCCCUCCCACCACGCCGCCAAAUACGAGGGUUACACCCCGUCGCCGGGGUCAGGGUCGGGGGUCAGGGGUCAGGCCAGCCCUCGCUCCACCCACGCCUUCCUGCUCAGCCAGACCCUGGAGAUCCACAAACACAUGCCCCCACUGCACCUGGCCCGGGCCUCCGCCCACGACUGCCCCGGGGAGGGCAACGGCCUGGGGGGUCAGGGGGGUCUGCCUGGGGGGGUCCCAGAGCAGAAGGGGGCUGGGUCGGAGAGGGGCAGCCCCAUAGAGAAGUACAUGCGGCCCGCCCUGCAAUCCAGCUGUUCGCCCCCCGGAUCCCCCAUAGAGAAGUACCAGUUCCCCCUCUACAGCCUGCUGCCCCCGGCCCUGCACGCCGACACCGACUGGCUCAGCUUCUGGACCAAGUACAAGAUGGCCGCCGCCGCCGCCGCCCCCCCCCUCCUCUUCCUCCCCUGCCGGACAUCACUUCCUGUCCCUGCCCGCCAUGCCCGGGUCCUGCCAAAGCUACGUGCCUUACCCCUCCUUCACCCCCACCCUCACCCCUCCACACUUCCCUCCCCCAGCGCCCCUCCCUCCCUCCUCGUCCUCGUCCUCCUCCCCCCAGGAGAACCCCCUGGACCUCGCCAUCAGGCACACCAAAGCCCCGCCCCCCGCCGCUUCUCCCGCCGCCACGGAGACGGCGGGGGGGGAGGAGGAGAGGAGCGGGGGGGGAGGCAGGAAGGAGACGUGCGAGCAAGGCACCCAGGACGAGGCGGCCUGGCGCUGCCUUCACUGCGCCAUCCUCUUCCUCGACGAGGUCAUGCACGCCUUGCACAUGAGUUGCCACGGCGACAGCGCCGCGUACCAGUGUAGCAUCUGUCUGCACGUGUGCGCGGAUAAAUACGACUUCACCUCCCAUAUCCAGAGGGGCCUGCACCGCCCCGCCCCCCAGCCCAUCCC